CCAAUCUUCACUAUCUGUUGCAUAUCAUCUGACUCGCGAUCAACUCUACAGAGACGGAAUACAAUCUGUGCAGUGAAAGAACGACUAAGAUGGCGAUAGAGAAGAACAUCGAUGACGCGCAAUCUCGCCUGCCUCAAUUUUCUUCUGGCUUUACAGCAAUCAACCAUGGGCCGGUACAUCGUGAACAGCUCUUGACGCCCGAAUCAUCGGCGGCCACAUCAGUCCGGCCGAACCCAGCCUCAUCACGGGCGAUCAGCAGCCCGCGACGACGGCACAAUCCAAGUGUUGCUCGAUACCUCGGCUUGGGCAGCAUCAUUGAGCCAGAUCAUCUCAAAAACUAUGCACCACAGCCAGCAAGACCAGACAGUCCACCAGUCGAGUCUGGGCGAAAGCGUGUAAGACGGGCUGAUGACAAGAUUAUACAGCGCAGCUCCCGCACAAGAGAGCCUCCAGACAGACCUGCAGUAUCGACACCCGCACCUACCCUGUACGGCACUCAACAUUCUCAGGCUACCUAUGACUCAAAUGACAGUAGAUCAAUCAUGGACAACCACGCUUUGCCCCAGUCAUACUUUGCUCAACCUGAAGUUUUGCAUAAAGCACCACAUGUUGAGAGUUCUUGUUUGUCACUGCCUGAUCGAGGGGAGGACGACGUAAUCGGUAUAUAUCCGGAUACUGAUGACAGCAACGUGCUUUGUCGGAACAACGAUGGCAUAACUACCACCAGCGAUGAUUAUGAGUUCGACAUGACAGACGAUGAAUUACUUAUUUUAGCUUCAGGUUCUGAUAGAACGUGUUUCGACAUCCCUCACAACGUCUCAAACUCACCUGCAAAGUCCUGUCCUACAGAUAAUGAACAGAGGCACGCUAGUGAUGACUGUAGUGAAAAUGCACCUGAAGAAGCGCCUGCUAUCAACACCUCUCAGCACACUCACAAGAAGUUCGUAUCUCCAGUCACUCUAUCUACCCGUCUACUGUCUGUCACCGGCGAUGGGGGAUCUGCAAAUGCUCGGACCCCGAUUGUCAGACCUCCAUUCCCGAAACCAGCUCGCGACCGCUCGCCUAUUAUAGGCCUUUCGUCGAAUGUAGUGCUCAGAACUUGUUUCCGGGUUGGUGAAGCAAUUAACCAGAGCCAUCAAGCAUCAAAAUCAGGGCAACAGAUGCUCAUUGAGCUGUAUGCCAGGGUGCUUACUUCAGAGCGAACUGAGAAACAACAACACUUCACCUUUUGCGAUCUUUUCCACGCCAAGCCCCCUUAUGUGAAGGGCACUUAUGAUGCAGUCAUCUGGAAGGUGGUGCCGUUGUUCGAAUAUGACAGCAGACGGCUGAUGCAGCAAGGGCGAAUGUGUCGAUGCAUUGGUACGAUGAAGCGGAAUGGCAAGGAUCGGUUUAAGGUGAUUCACAACAUAUGGGAGGCGACAUGGGAAGACAUUGAGUGGGUGGAGGGUAUCGUGAGCGUUUAGGGGUAUGGUUGAGGCAACGGGCACAUGUGAGACGAUCUGUUAGCGAUCUAAGCACGGUAAUGACUCUUUGGGAAUGCGGAUAUGGCGAGAUGCUCAACUAGAUUUUGUCCUCGGAGUUUGAUGGAGACAGCAUGUAGCCGAGUGCGGGACGAGGCACCAACAGAGGUAACAGAGGGUGAGGUUAUUUGUGGUUCGCACGUGACGAUAGUAGGCCCUGAUUAGCAGCCGCCCCG